AUGGCUGAUGCGGAUGGGAUCAAAGGGACCGAGAGGCGUCCCUCUCUCUACGGCGCCGUCAAGGACCGCAAGAAGAGCAUCGCCGAGUUCACUGAGAACGUCACCGGAGAAAUCAAAAACCCGCUCGCUGAGAUCCCCAAGGACCAGCUGCUCGAGGACGUACGCAACUUCGCCCAGGAGUUUGGCCUGCAGGGGAUCACCGCGCUGCUUGAGAAGGGUGCGCUCGUCGCCCAGAACCCUGCAGGCUUUGAGACCCUGGAAGAGCUAGACGAGGAUGACCGUAAAUGCCUGCGUGAGGAGGUCACCCAUCGGUGGAAGCUCCCCUGGGGCCUGUACUAUACCAUCUUCCUCAACUCCAUUGCUGCAGCCAUCCAGGGAUGGGAUCAGACCGGAUCGAACGGAGCGAACCUUUCGUUUCCUCUUGAGUUUGGGAUCCCCGAUAGCCGUCCGCACUGUACCACUGAUGCCAUCUGCGAGAAGAAUGCCUGGAUCGUCGGUUUCGUCAACUCUGUCCCCUACAUCGCCAUUGCUCUCUUCGCUGGAUGGCUCUCCGAUCCAAUUAACGACUUGAUCGGUCGUCGAGGAACGAUCUUCAUAGCCGCCAUAUUCUCCUUGCUCGCACCCAUCGGCUCUGCAUUCACUCAGAACUGGGGUCAGCUCGUCGCCUGUCGCAUCAUGCUUGGAAUAGGCAUGGGUCUGAAGGAAGUCACCGUUCCCGUCUUCUCGGCUGAAAACACCCCUGCCAACGUCCGUGGAGGCCUCGUCAUGUCCUGGCAGGUCUGGACGGCGUGUGGCAUCUUCCUCGGUACUGUUGCUAAUCUGGCCGUCGUCAACACCGGCCGAAUCGCAUGGAGAUUGCAGCUCGGCUCGGCAUUCAUCCCAGCCAUUCCAUUGGUGAUUGGUAUCUUCUUCUGCGCCGAGUCGCCGCGAUGGCUGCUGAAGAAGCGCAAGGUCGCCAAGGCAUAUCGCUCGCUGUUGAGACUGAGAAACACCCCUCUGCAGGCGGCGAGGGAUGUGUAUUUCAUCCAUGCUCAGUUGGAACAUGAGCGCGCCGUCCUCGUGGAGACCGGCCUGAUCAAGACGGACAACUUCUUCACUCGUUUCAUCGAGCUUUUCACCAUCCCCCGAGUGCGCCGUGCCACCCAGGCGUCCGGUGUCGUCAUGAUCGCCCAGCAGAUGUGUGGAAUCAACAUCAUCGCUUUUUACUCAUCCACCAUCUUCGAGCGUGCAGGUGCAAGCAACAUUACUGCUCUCUUGGCCUCCUUUGGCUUUGGUGUUGUCAACUUCGUAUUCGCCUGGCCCGCCGUCUGGACCAUCGACACCUUCGGCCGUCGCGGUCUUCUACUCUUCACAUUCCCCAACAUGUUCUGGACCCUUCUUGCCGCGGGUAUGUCCUUCUACAUCCCCAGCAGUAGUCCUGCGCAUCUCGGCCUCAUCGCAACGUUCAUCUACCUCUUCGGCGCCUUUUACUCGCCCGGUGAGGGACCGGUGCCCUUCACUUACUCGGCCGAGGUCUUCCCCCUCUCCCACAGAGAGGUCGGCAUGGCCUGGGCUGUGGCCACGAAUAACUUCUGGGCUGCCGUGCUGGCUCUCACUUUCCGUCGACUAGACCUAGCAUUGACCACACCAGGAGCAUUUGGAUUCUACGCCGGACUCAACGUCGUUGCCUUUGUAAUGAUCUUCCUGUUCCUGUACGAGACCAAGCAGCGUACCCUCGAGGAGCUCGACUAUGUCUUUGGCGUGCCCACUCGCACUCACGCGAAGUACCAGCUCACCAAGGUCCUGCCGUGGUGGAUCAAGAGGUAUAUCUUCCAGCGAAAGCAUGCCAUUUGCCCCGAGCUGUACCAUCUUGAUAGCAUACGGGAGAGUGUCCCGGAGAAGCAGCCCGUCCAUGAACACGAUGGCGUCAAGCAGGUGUAG